UCUAAAGUAAAUUUUUAUCAGACUAGUUGAAGGGUCCCGGGGAAAUAUGCCUAACGAAGGGCCCUGAAGGGCCCUUGCAAAUGGCAAGUUAACAUUACACUUGAGUGCGGAGCGCAGUGGGUCGGUGCAACGUAGCGUUCUUGCCUGUGGCAAUCGAUUCCGAUGCUUGAGAUUUCUCCAUAACUUUUCUAUAUACGAACUCAAGGGGACACGAAAAUUUAAUCAUCUCGUCGAACGACUGGGACGAAUUCGAAAGACGAAAGCCUAUUUCCAGAGCUAGUCCAAUUCGGCACUAUCGGCAGCGCUUAUUUGCAUCUGCGUGGCAAAACCUUCUGAAGCCCUCGACGAUAUUUUUUACAUCCACCGUGCCCUGACCCCAAGUGAAUUCUACACAACAAUGUCCCGAUUCUUCAGGCAAGCUGGCGACUCCGAUUCUGAUUCCGAUGAAUCCGAGGAGCUCAUGUCCUCUGGCGAUGAGGCUCCUCAAGCAAAACCCACCACAGGCGCAAAAACAGCAAUGUCCCGUUUUUUACGAAAAACGGGACCAGGAGCUGAUUCAGACUCCUCCAGCGAUUCGGAUUCGGAUUCGGAUGAAGACAGUGACAGCGAUAGUGAUGUGCCCAAGCCAAAGAAGGGGCUGCCUCUAAGAAGCGAUUCAGAAGAUUCAGAGACGGAGGAAGAAGAAGACAGGCAGGGUAUACGGAUCAUGAGUGCGCAGGAAAAGCGGUUAGCGGAAAUGGAAGGAACUGGAAAGGCCAUGGAAAAUGCUUUAAAAAUCAAUGACUGGGUGUCGAUCUCCAAUGAAUUCGAUAAACUCGCUCGGAUGAUCCAAAGACAACACAACGUUUCCGAGCCCAUUCCUCCGUUCUACAUCAAAACCCUACUUAGCCUCGAGUCAUCUCUGACGAGCGCUAUUGCCAAAGAGAAGGAAGCCAAAAAGAAAAUGAACGCGACCAACGCAAAGGCGCUGAAUUCGAUGAAACAAAAAGUACGCAAGGCUGCUAAAGAGUAUGAACAAGAUAUUGCAAAGUAUCAAGCGGACCCGGAUGCUUUCGAGCGUGAUUAUACAGCUUUGAUCACACGAGACGCCCCGCCAGCACCCACGGUAGCUAGAGCUGCUAUUGGAACAGCAGCAGUGACAAAUGAAGAUGAAAAUGGUGGAUUCAAGCCUGUUGGAAAGGGCGGAAGAACCAUGUUAUUGACAGCUGAAGGCAUAUUCAAGAGCCUUCAAGCCGUUCAAGAAGCUAGAGGCAAAAAGAACACUGAUCGCGGUGAACAAAUUCGGAUAUUGGAAAAACUGCUCGAGCUCGCGACCACUACUUAUCAACGCAUUCGAGUUCUUCUUGCUUUGGUCUCCUCUCGGUUCGAUUACAACUCAUCUGCGUCCUCCCAUAUGCCCACUGAGCUCUGGAUUUCUGCACAAAACGAAGUCGACCAGCUCGUAGCCAUAGUGGCUUCCAAUCCGGCUUUCAUCGUGCAAGAGAUCACGGAAGAUUACGAUGACCUUUUGGAACGCUCGCCUGCCACUGAAAAAAGCGGAAUCGUUCGUAUCAGGGGAAGUAUUAUCAGCUUCAUUGAUCGUUUGGACGAUGAAUUUACCAGAAGCUUGCAAAACAUCGACCCUCAUGGUACGGAAUACGUCGAUAGGCUAAAGGACGAAAAGACUCUCUAUUCCACUAUCUGCAGAGCACAAGCCUUCUACGAGCAGACUAAACAGGACGAUCCUCUGAGCCGGGUUAUCAUGCGACGAUUGGAGCAUAUCUAUUCAAAGCCCGACGCCGUAGUCCACGCCUUGGAAUCGUCAGCAGAGUCGGCGGAUAUCAAACCUGCCAUUACUCUCACUUCAAGCGGCUCGACGUCUGCCCUCAUCCACUCAUUAUGUGUUUAUCUCUACAAAUCCGGCAACUCUCUUCAUCGCACUCGCGCAAUGCUGAGUCACAUAUACCAUUACGCCCUGCUCAACGACUUCCACACGGCACGAGACAUGCUCCUCAUGUCACAUCUCCAGGAGUCUAUUCAUUCUGCCGACGUCGCCACUCAGAUUUUGUACAACCGAACAGUCGUGCAACUUGGUUUAUGUGCCUUCAGAUCAGGACUGAUCAAAGAAGCGCAGGCCACACUACAGGACAUUUUCACGACGCAGCGCGUGAAGGAACUGCUGGCACAGGGUGUGCACCAGCAGCGGUACCAGGUGCUUACGCCCGAACAGGAAAAAGCUGAAAAGCAGCGUCAGCUGCCUUUCCAUAUGCAUAUCAACACCGAGUUGCUCGAAGCCGCGUUCUUGGUUUCUAGCAUGCUUGUAGAGAUACCUCUGUUGGCGAGCAUAGAUUCUGAGGAGUUGAAAAGAAAGGCCAUCUCAAAGCCAUUCCGACGUUUGUUGGACUUUGCCGACCGCCAGGUUUUCACGGGCCCCCCGGAGAGCACUCGUGAUCAUAUCAUGCAAGCAAGUAAAGCUCUACAAGAUGGAGAAUGGGAGAAAUGUCGGGAUUUGGUUCAAAGUAUCAAGAUUUGGAGUCUAAUGCCUGAGGCUGCUUCUGUGAAAGAGAUGCUCGCGAAACGAAUACAAGAACAAGGUCUUCGUACCUAUUUGUUCACUUAUGCUCCUCAUUACAACACACUUUCUUUGUCACUUCUCGCACAAACCUUUUCACUCCCUCUACGAUCUGUCACCUCCAUUGUCUCGAAGAUGAUAUGGAAUGAAGAGCUAGCGGCUUCGCUUGAUCAGGCAGGCGGUUGUAUUGCUUUCCACCGUACAGAGGUCACUCGUCAACAACAGUUGGCAUUGAUCAUAGCCGAGAAGGUUAAUUCAAUGGCCGAGCAAAACGAAAAGGCUCUUGACGCCAAGAUGGGCACCUCUGGUGGUUGGGGAGACCGGGCUGACGGGAAGACAGGUGAAAAGCGUGGCGAACAAGUUCAAGAACGGAGAGGACGCGGUGAUCGUACUCGUGGCGGUUCAAGAGGUGGUGGCCGAGGUCGUGGAGCUAGAUUUGCACAAGGGCUUGGAAAUCAGAUGGGACAUACCUCUCAGCGCGCAGGUUAGCUAUGUGUGUGUAUAUGUAUCAUGCUUCCUUUAUUGCAUAUGUUCUUUUCCUCUCGAAUUUCCAAGCAUA